AAGGGGCAUGGUAAAGCUUGUGAAUACUAGAAGUCUCUUAUACCCAUCUUCUUUCAAGUUAUAUCAGGCCCUUUGCAUGAUUUUAUCCGAAAUUCCAUUUUUGGGAAUUUAAUAUCCCCCACUUCAUUUAUUGCGGCUACAAAUUGACUACAACUUGUCCAUCCACGCCUUGGACACUCUGUUCGACACUCUGUGUCAAAAUGACUGACCAAGAGAAUGUACCCUUCGUUGCCCAGGAUAUACAAGAAAUCGGAAGCUUUCUCAAAGAUCUAGAGUCACAUGCCAAAAAAUGGAUCGGAGCAUCACGUUCAAAGAAAACGUUCAGUUGCAAGAAGAACGAGUUCAACGUGGAGAACUCUCCUGACAAGCUAGUUGUCGAUUCCUGGCGCUUCCAAGAGUGGGAUUACAAGCGUGAUGAUCUCCCAACAUAUGCAAGAGGGCUGUUCACAUAUCACACCAAGGAUAACCGCCCAGAGAUUGCCACUCGUGGCUAUGACAAGUUCUUCAAUACGGAGGAAGUAGAAGCAACAAAAUGGAGCAACAUUGAGCAAUACACGAAAGGCCCAUAUGAGUUGAGUCUCAAGGAAAACGGGUGCAUCAUCUUCAUCAGCGGUCUGUCUGAUGACUCGUUGCUGGUUUGCAGCAAGCAUUCGACUGGGCCACGUGAGGACUCGAAUCUUAGCCAUGCCAUAGCAGGCGAACGAUGGGUCGACAGGCAACUCAAGGCCGUAGGGAAGACUAGGCAAGAUCUUUCCAGGGAGUUGAGGAAGAGAAAUGCCACUGCAGUAGCGGAAUUAUGUGAUGAUGAUUUCGAAGAACACAUCCUUGCGUAUCGCGGAGAUUCUGCUGGAUUGUAUUUACAUGGAAUCAAUAUCAAUAUCCCGGAGUUCACAACUUACUCUGGGUUACAAGUCCAGCAAUUCGCCAAUGACUGGGGAUUCAAGCGUACUGAUUUUCUCGUUUUGGACGAGAUCACUAAAGUCCGAUCAUUCCUCGAAGGGGUGGCAGAGACGGGUUCGUACAAUGGACGAGACGUGGAGGGAUUUGUUAUUCGAUGCAAAUCAAAUUUUAGGUCAAGAGAAUACCAAGAUUGGUUCUUCAAGUAUAAGUUCGAGGAGCCAUACUUGAUGUUCAGACAAUGGAGAGAAUGCACCAAGAUGAUGAUCAACGGAAAACCACCUCUUUUCAAGAAGCACGUCAAAAUCACCGAGGAGUAUCUGCUAUUUGCGAGAAAGAAGCUGGCCGAAAACCCAAAGUUGGCGAGAGAUUACAAUAGCAAUCACGGCAUCAUUGAGCUGAGAGACGAUUUUCUGAAAGAGAAGAACCUGAAGGGCUCAGACCUCCUUCGCCUGGAAUACUCAAAUGAGGGCGAGGCACCACAAGAUGCCACAAAGAAUAUCAUCCUUGUACCAAUUGCAACUAUCGGCUGCGGAAAGACAACAAUUGCCAUUGCAUUGCAGCAUUUGUUCGGUUGGGGCCAUGUGCAGAACGACAAUAUCCAAGGAAAAGGCAGACCUCCUAGGUUCACCAAGGAGGUUAUGAGCCAGCUUGAAGACAAGCCGGUUGUGAUCGCCGACAGAAACAACGCGCAGAAGCAUGAGAGGAAGCAACUCAUUGGCGAUGUGCACCACCAAUACAUUUCUUCGGCACGCCUAGUGGCAUUGAAUUUCGUCCAUGAUUUUAACUCGAUUGAGAAAAUAAAACAAGUCACCAUGGGCCGCGUUUUUGCAAGAGGAGACAAUCACCAAACGAUUCAAGCUGCAUCCGACAAAAGCAAGGUGAUGGGAAUAAUGCAGGGUUUCAUCAACCGUUUUGAGCCACUCCGCCUGGACCAAGAUCCCGACCAUGGCUUUGAUUCUGUUAUCGAUUUAGAUCCAAUCUCAGACUCGCGUCAAAAUUUGGAGACUGUGAUCGCCCGGUUGAGCGAACUGUACCCGAAACUAUUCACCACUAUGCCUACUAGCGAGGAUUUGGACGAUGCUAUUGCUUUUGCAUUGAACGAGUACAAGCCGGAAUUGAAGCAUGAUGUUUCUGGACGUGGGCCGAAGGUAAAGACAAACCAGCAGCCAAAGCAGCAGAAGCCCAUCGUACCUGCUGCACCUAAAAAGAAGGCCCUUGAAUAUAUUGCGGUCGACAUACCAACCCAACAGAUCCUGGAUGCCCUGGAGAAGACAUUUUCGACUCAAGACGACGCAAAAGCGGCAUUCUUCAGACAGCUCCAAGAGACUCGCCGAGUGCAGCCAAAGUUCCACGUUACAUUGAUCCACCGCGCCUCAGCUAGGCAGCAACCCGAAGUAUGGAAUAAAUACAAGGCCCUAUUUGAAGUACACGGAGAUGAAGAGAAGCCGUUGGGAGAUUGUCAAGUCCAAUUAGAACGUGUUGUAUGGAGCCACAGAAUCAUGGCGAUUGUUGUCCGGCUGGUCACUGAAGGUUGGGAGUGUGUCAACACGGUUCCGCAUAUCACAGUGGGAACAAGGGCGGAUGAUGUCAAGCCUAAGGAGAGCAACGACCUCUUACAGCAGUGGCUCCAAGAUGGAAGCGGCGAACAGACUGGGAUUUUCGAGGCAGUUAUACAAGGAGUUACGGUUGAUGGCACGGUACAUGCGGUUCUGCAGAAGCAUUGAUUCGGGGUUUGCUGGAGGGACUGCGAGGUGAUUACUAGGAUGGUAUUGCGCUAUUUACCACCUAAUGGGCAAUUUAGCUUGAGCUAUUAUGAGGGCUAAAUGUUGCUUUAUGACAGUAGCCAUUAGUUAUGUUCCGCUAAAGCUAUUAUACCAAACCCAGGAAACCAAGGCUCCAACACAUCCAAAUACACGUAAACUGCUUAUGCCCCAAAAUUCUGUCUUGCCAACCCCCUGAGCAUCGCCAUUGUCUUAUCUUCCUUCUCCCUGUAUUCCUGCAAUCGCUCAUCUCUCUCCGCCGCCCUCGCCAUAAGCAUCUCCUCUCUCCUCAGCUCCCUAUCAUUCUUCUUCCUCUCAAACUCCUGCUUCUUGGCUUUAAACUCACCCAAGCUAUCCCCACCGCCCAUUAACUCGCUCUCGGGCACUUCCGCCGCUCCAGGCGACUUAUCUCUGAAAGACUUCAUCGUCUCGUUCUUUUCGCGUUUCUUCUCGAGCUGUCUUUCUCGCGUUCCAGCUUCGGCACGAGGCACAAGUUCAUCCAGGGCCUCCUUUUGCC